CUCUGGGUGUGGUUUACCUUCCACCUUGUUGCCAUCCAUCCAUGACUUAUGUGCAAAUGCUGACCUGUGGUGAAUUCACCUGCGGAGCCUCUCCUGCAUUCUUCAAGCUCUAUGAAUGAUACUUAUUGAACACAAUGCCAACCAAAGCUAAGAAUUCAUAUAAUUAUUUUGAUUCAACGCAAUGGGACGGUAGGAAAGAAUAUGGGCAAUUUUGUUUUUCCUUUUCCUACCAAUGGAUAAAUGAGGCGCCAUGAUUUUCUUAAAUCUUGGGAUGUUGACUAGCCUAUGAACAACCUAUGCAGCUUGCUCGAUUACUGUACUUUGCUGGUGUUCAUUUUCUAAUUCAAUGUUUAAUAUUAGUUUAUUAUGUAUUCGACUUAGAAGACCCUACUGUAAACCUAGUCUACAGCCAUCACUAAAGGAGCAGAAAAGCGUAAGAGGAUCGAAUAGUCAAACUGAUGGAUCUUCAAUAACGUUUUCUUUCCUCUACUGAUACUCACGUCUUCUCCACGCCUGAGCCUACAGUACUUUUUCAGCCAAUGGCCCGAUGCCGAUGCAAUGGAACGAUCUUGUGCCUCUGCCUCAUGCCCAGUGUGAUGAUGGGACAUCUCCUGGUUUAUAUCAUGGUGUCCAUAUUUGUAUCCAUAUCCUACUCCCCUCCCCACCUACCUGUCCACUUUGUUGCCCCAGGGGCCUCUGCCAACUCUGGGGCACUGGCCUCCCAUCCCCUGGGCCCCUUCUGGAACCUUCGCCUGGAGGACAGUGCUUUGUGGAACCACCUUCAGCAUCUCUGGGACCGGCGCCAUAACCCCAUUUUGAGGGGCAACUCAACUGCAGGUAUGAUAACAAGGCUUAGCACUCAGCCACCAGAGAUGGAGGUCUCCUCAGACUGUGGCCCAGACAAGUGCUGGCUGCCACACCUACCUGACUUCAAUACCCUGCCAGAGCAAAUGAGGUCAUUCGUCCAGUCCAUGCAUUGCAGGGUGUACCCCUUCCUCAUGAACCAGCCCAGAGUGUGUGCUGGCAAUGAAAGCACUGGGCCGGAGCUACCUAUGCUGCUAAUGGCCAUCAAAUCCCAGGUGGGUAACUUUGAGAACAGGCAGGCUAUCCGGGAAACAUGGGGGAGAAGUGGCUGGGUGAAGGGGGAGCUCGGGGGGAGAGGUGGGCUGGUGCGCACAGUCUUUCUGCUGGGUAGACAGGACUCAACAACGGGCCCUCACCCAGACCUUGGGGGCCUCCUGAUGCUGGAGAGCCAGCAGUAUGGGGACAUCCUGCAGUGGGACUUCAGGGACACUUUCUUUAACCUGACCCUGAAAGAUUUGCUUUUCUGGCAUUGGCUUCAGAACCACUGUCCAGGGGCACAGUUUGUCUUCAAGGGUGAUGAUGAUGUUUUUGUUAGGACAAGUUCCCUCCUGGACUACCUGCAUAAACAGAGGGAGGAGAACGGCAUGUGGAGCGCAGAUAGGAACAAAACUGAGAAGAUAAAGGAUUUAUUUGUGGGGGAUGUAAUUCAGAAUGCAAUGCCAAACCGACAGCCAACCACCAAAUACUAUAUCUCAGAGAGUUUUUACAAAGGUGCAUACCCACCAUAUGCAGGUGGAGGAGGGGUGGUGUACUCUGGUGCACUUGCUAUGCGUCUGAGACAAGUGUCAGAGAGGGUGCAUCUGUUCCCCAUUGAUGAUGUGUAUCUGGGCAUGUGCCUCCACAGACUUGGGGUGGCCCCCAUCCAUCACCCUGGAUUUUAUACUUUUGAUCUCCCAGAAACAGAGAGGGAGAAGCCUUGUGCUUACAGCUCUGUGCUGCUGGUUCAUAAGCGAAACCCUAAAGAGAUGCUCACACUAUGGAGGCGACUACAGAGUCCACCCUCACCAUGCUGAAGAAACUAUAAAAGGGUGGGACACCAGACCACGGCCAUCAGGCUGUGGUGUAAAGUACUUAAGUACAAAUACUUUAAAGUACUACUUAAGUAGUUUUUUGGGGUAUCUGUACUUUACUUGACUAUUUAUGUUUUGACAACUUUUACUCCACUACAUACCUAAUGAAAAAGAAUGUACUUUUUAUUCCAUACAUUUUCCCUGACACCCAAAGUACUCGUUACAUUUUGAAUUCUUGGCAGGACAGGAAAAUGGUUCAAUUCAUGCACUUCUCAAGAGAACAUGCCUGAUCAUCCCUACUGUUUCUUAUCUGGCGGACUCACUAAAUACAAAUGCUUUGCUUGUAAAUAUUGUCUGAGUGUUGGAGUAAGCCCCUGGCUAUCCGUACAUUUAAAAAACAAGAAAAUCAUGCCUAAUAUAUAGAAUUUGAGAAGAUUUAUACUUUUGAUAAUUAAGUAUAUUUGAGCAAUUACAUGUACUUUUGAUACUUAAGUAUAUUUAAAACCAAAUACUUUUAGACUUAUUCAAGUAGUAUUUUACUGGGUGACUUGCACUUUUAUUUGAGUCAUUUUCUAUUAAGGUAUCUUUAUUUUUUCUCAAGUAUGACAAUUGGGCUCUUUUUCCACCACUGCCAUGGUGACCAUAGCUUCAAUCCUCUGUGCUUAAGUUAGUUAAUUUACUGUCUCAGAACAUGUCAGCAAGACAUUUUUUGUCUGUUUCAUUCCAAUAAAAUCAAUUCAACUGUCA